AUGAAAGGUCACCAAACGAGCGGUGAAUGGACGGAGGUCCGGCGAAGGAAAACCAACAAGACAACCCAAAGGAACACUGGAACCACGAACUACUACGUGUCGGGGUUCCCUGAUGGAACUAAAAAGGAGGAACCAAGAGAACCCUUUAGCAGAUUCGGGAAUGUGGUGGAUAUAUACUUUGGUUUAAAGAAAGAUUAUCUCAAAAGGAAUUUUUCUUUUGUCAGAUAUGUCGGAAUUACAAACCCCAAAGAUACAGAAACGAAGCUACAAGGAAUCAAGUGCAGAAACAUAAACUUGGAGGUAAGCAUUUCAAAACACCAACGUAAAGAUAAUCAAUACCACAACCAUGAAACAUGUCGCCAACCCACAAUACGACAAAACAUGCAAUCCAAUGCGUUUCACGGUGCCCCAUCUCAUUUCGAAGGAAUGAGAGGUCAGAAAUCAUAUGCUCAAGUUAUAAACAACAUGAACGGAAAGAAAACAAAGGAAGAUGCCAUGUUGAUCACACUUAACCCCAACACGUCCAUGAAGGGCUGGCUCAAGAAAGGUGUGCUAAUUGGUGAAACACUUAGUCUGGACCACAUGGCUAACCUCCACGCCUCUGGAAUCAUGAAGGAGGAAACAAAGUAUCUUGGAGGUCUAAAACUCGCUAUACGAUUUAGAUGGUCUGUAGACGCAAAUGAGUACUUAAAGGACAAAAAUAGAUGGAACGACUGGUUCAAAUGGCCGGUCAAUGCAGAUCAAUAUGAUUCAGAUUACGAAAGAGUCGCAUGGCUAAAGAUUAUUGGUGUUCCUUUACCACUAUGGGACGAAGACAAUUUCUCAAAAAUUGCUAGCAGAUUUGGUAAGGUCAUCACCCCAUUCGAUGGGAUAUUGGACAGGAGAGACUACUCCAUGGACGACUGGUCUCUGUUUAAACCAGCCCUGUUUGACAAAGUAGAAGAAUCAAAUGAGGAAGAAGAUGACCCAGAAGGAAUUACUGAAACAUGGAUGGAGGACGUGACAGAUGAACUAGAAGAAGGAGAUAUCCGUCUAGACAAAACGGUGGCGAUUGGAGGGCGACCGAAUGACAACCGCACUUCGGCGAAUGACAACCGCACUCCGGCGGUCGUAGUACCACCGUCAAAAACACCGGUAACUGGGGAGAUCGGAUACGAAGAGUCACCAAUUAAUGCACCGAUGGGAGAAAUUCACGAGUCAACACAUGAUGGCGUAUUAACCAGUCAAAAUACAGGUGUGUCGCUUGAUAUCCCCAACGAGGUUACUAAGGCACAACAAGAGCCACCUGUACCUAUUAUGGAUCACACCUCCACAAUUGGGCCACAUAUAAACCAUAUUCCUGGUACAGUGGAGAAUUUAGUCCCACUUGGAUGCUUUGGGCAAUUCCCAAAUAAUACAACCUUAUUCUUAUUCAAAUCUCCUCAAGCCCAAAAUACUGAAUGCCAUUCCAAAGGUACAAACAGCGGAGGACCUAAACUCAAAAAAAGGAAAAGAGAUAAAUCGACUGUUAAAUCCUCUCACCCCAUUCACUCGAACCAAACAUAUAAUUCAAAUUUAUUCAUCCGCGUGCUUCAAUCGGAGAUGUACGAUGUUCCAAAUGUCAAUUUAGAUCUACACAUGAACCUUACGAAUGAUGAAGGCACGAAUAUUCCAGGGAUCUCUAAGGAAACAUCUCAGACGACAUGA